AUGUUUGAAAAUGUUCGACCUCAAGCAAUAAAAAAAGCGGCAAUGGUAUUGCGAAAUUCCGAAAUUUAUAAACACUGCAACAUACAAUUAGACUUAGAAAGAGACAAAAACAACGUUCCUGAACAUAAUAAUUGUGAAUAUGAUCCUAAAACUGAUAUUCAUAAUUAUAAUAAUUAUUCAAAUGUUGAAGUAGACAAUUUAGAUUACAAUGACAACAAUUCAUCAGAUGAUGACUCAGAUGAUGAAGAACCCGUAAAUAUCGAAGACGCAUCAACCCUUUUAAUAACACAAGCGAUUGUCUUUGCUCCUGGAGAAGGUCAAAUACCAGUUUCAUUAUUCGAUGAUUUUGCUGAAUCAUUAAGUUUUGUUAAAAUUUAUGGAGAAUACGUGUACAAUGAAAAUAUAGAGAGUAUAUUGAAAGAAGCUACCCAAAAGAUGAACGAAUCUAAUGAUGAAAAUGAAACUAAUGAACAAACUCCAAAAAACUUAGAAGUUUUCAAUGAUCCUUCCCAUGAAGGUGAUAUCGCGAUUGAUAUGGAGGGAAGUAUAAAUAAAAUUGAAAAUAUUAAUGACAAUAAGGAUGUAUACUAUAUAAUCCGGACAGCAGAAACAUGGAUAAAAGCAAAAGAUGAAAUUUUAAUAGAAGGUUAUACAAUUGUACAUCGUGUAAAUGUUGCUGAAAAUCGUAAGCGCCAUGCUUAUGGAUUAACUCUAAACAAUAAAAAAAACAUUAUCAAUCUUUCUGCCAAAGGUUACUAUCGGGAACGUACCUCAUAA